AUCACGAAAUACAUACUGUUUGUCACCUUUGUUGGUGUGGCUGUGAUUGCCUUCCCCAUCAAUGCUGCUGCUGCUGCUGACAAGAUCGUGGGAGGCUACACCUGUGCAGAGAACUCUGUCCCCUAUCAGGUGUCCCUGGAUUCUGGGUAUCACUUCUGUGGAGGUUCCGUCAUCAACAGCCAGUGGGUCCUGUCAGCUGCUCCCUGCUACAAGUCUCGCAUCCAAGUGCAGCUCUGGAAAAAUAACCUGGCGCUCUUAGAAUCGACAGAGCAGUUGAUUAGUUCAGCUAAAGUAAUCUGCCACUCUGGCUACAGCUCCGCAACACUGGACAAUGACAUUAUGCUCAUCAAAUUUGCCAAACCAGCCCAGCUCAACUGAGCUGUCCAAACAGUUCCUCUGCCUACCAGCUGUGUGACCACAGGCACCGAAUGCCUAGUCUCUGGCUGGGGCAACACACUCAAGUACUCUGUGGGAAUGUACAAUCCAUAUCCAGACACCUUGCAGUGCCUGAAGGCUCCUGUACGCUCUUCAAGCGAGUGCACCAAAGCCUACCCUGGGCAAAUUACCAAGAACAUGAUAUGUGUAGGAUUCAUGAAGAGAGGGAAGGACUCCUGCCAG